CGAACAAAGUACUAUACAUAAUCCAACACAGGAGCGAAUAAAUCCAGUGCAAAGUCUACAGGUACAUGCACUGCGACAGCUUUCGCGGUACGUGGGCCGCCCAGGGUGUUCUUUAUCGCCGAUCACAGUUGCUGAGUGUGCUGUUUUUUCUUGCGUCACCUUCUCCAUUGGCACCCUGCGUAAACGUCACGAGUCUGGCGUUCGUGCACGACCCUUUUGUUUGUUUAAUUCGAUUUGGCGAAUUACGUAUUCUUUAUACGACAACACCUCAAAGAGCACGAAGUUGAAAAGUAGAAGCAAAAUAUGGCGGGGAAAAAGGAGGUGUCUCGUUGGAUGAAGGCCUUCGCGAAGGCGAAGGCAGCAAAAGUGGCAAAACCGGCACCGCUGGAGCGGUACACGAAUCUGUCGCUUGGGCACAUAUGGUACUUCUUGGUUAGAGUGUCUUCGUUUGAGAAUCUGCCUGCAUGUUGAUGCUCGCAAGAUGACAUGAUUGCCAUGUCGUGAUGCAUGUGAGGAUUGGAAAAACAAAAAAUCUCUUUCAGGGAGAAGUUCGAUUGCCAGACGCAACUGCUGUGCAGGGAAGCGAUGCUACCGCUGAUGCAGAGGAACCCAGAGCUACUGGACAUGAUCUCAUCUGCGAAGGCAAAGUGAAGAAUUUUUGUGAACGACUGCAAGACGAUCGGGGAACCCACCACUUUUGUGCUGUUACUGUAUCGAAAAGACUUCUUUCAUCCAAGCUCAAACGCCCGCGAUUGCCGUGUACUGGGGCAGGCUCAGAAU